AAACUCCAUUUUCCCAUAAAUCUGAAAAUUCGAAGCCCAAGUCAAUCAUCAUCUCUAUCUUUUUCCCUCUCUCUCGAGCUGUAGUUUAAGAUUAACAAUAUCAAUGGGAAAGCUCUGCCGCGCUCUAUUCAUAUUGCUGUUUGUAAACGAAGAUUAAAAAGAAGAAGAAGCAGAAGCAGACGAGUUUUCGUGAACAAUGAGAUGGCAGUUCAUCAUCAUGAAGGGAUAAAGUGUGUUGGGUUGGAGGAUUGCUGUGAUUUCUCCAGCAGCUCCGAUCUAUGCAUUUGCAUGGUGACCUGGAAUAUGAACGGACAGGUGCGUUAUGAAGAUAUAGAAAAGCUGGUGGGAAUUAGAGAUCAUCAGCGGCGCUUUGAUCUACUGGCGGUUGGGUUGCAAGAGGCGCCGCGGAAGGAUAUCUCCAGAUUGUUGCAGACUGCUCUCGUUCAAACCCACGUGCUGCUAGGGAAAGCCGUGAUGCAAUCAGUUCAGCUGUAUGUGUUUGGACCCAAGAAUAAGUCAGAGGUAUUCCUAAAAGAAGUAAAGAUGGAUAAACAUGGUGUUGGAGGGUUCGGGGGACUGGUUAGAAGAAAGAAAGGGGCAGUGGGUAUCAGAAUGAAGUACAAAGGAGUUGGGCUGCUCUUCAUCUCUUGCCAUCUGUCUGCUCACGCAGGCAAAGUGGAAGAGAGAAAUAGGGAGUGGAGGGAGAUAUCGAGGUCGCUGUUCUCGGAGGAAUGGAACCCGUACUCGAGGCCUCCACAUGUCACCGUAUGGUUGGGGGAUCUCAACUACAGGCUUCAGGGCAUCGCGGCCUCCCCAGCCGCCACCCUCAUGCACCAUAACCUUCACCAGCAGCAACUCACUAGCAAAGAUCAAUUAUUACAAGAGGCUGAGAGAGGGCAGGUUUUCAACGGCUAUUUGGAGGGCAUACUGACAUUCAAACCGACCUAUAAGUUCGACAUCGGAAGCAGCACUUAUGACACCAGUCAUAAAGUAAGAGUGCCAUCAUGGACGGAUCGAAUACUGUUCAAGAUAGAAGAGCUGGACAACAUCCAGGCCAGUCUCCACUCCUACGAAUCCAUAGACACUAUUCACAGUUCAGAUCACAGACCAGUCCAAGCUCACCUCUGCUUCAAACUUAGCCAAGCCUGCUCCUCACAAACACAACACAGCAAUUAAUACAUCACCAGCUUGUACCUAGAUAGCUUGCUAAUUGAAUUCCAGCACAAAUGAAUAACACUACUUUUAUUUGUUAAAUGUUAAUACUACGUUUUUCCCUGUUUUAA